GGUCGGUCCCGUAUUCCAAGUGCCUCCAUCAAUGUCCCGUCAUAAUACAAGUAUCGUGCCACCCAAACCCCGCUAUGCCGCUAUCCCACACUGAUGUCCUGUGCAUGCUUGGGGCGCCUCCUGCAACGGCCUUGCACAGCCAAGCUUUUUCGAGCCUCAACCACAACCGAACACCCAACCAACCAACCAACCAACCCCUCCCUUUAUCAAACCCAAAACUCAUCCCGACAAACAAUGAUCCUCCAAAAGCUUCCAUCUCGAGCCCUCCUUCCUCCCCCACUCCUACGUCUCCUCCGAACAUGCCCAAUCCGAGCAAUAGCUCUCACCACCCCCAACUUUGGCAAACCGAUGCCACCAAGACCAUCCGUGAAGGAGGAGGAGAUUGAGGAGUCAUUCCUGAAGGGAAGGUGUCGCGCCCCCCUCCCCUUUCCAUGAAAUCGUUGUGUGAGAGCCUUAACUUAAAAUGUGUACUGCCACCACCAUCCAACAAUAGCGGUCCAGGAGGUCAGAAAAGUGAGUCACGAUAGCCCCUUCGCCGCCGUACUGUACCAUAUUAUCCGAAACUCGCACGGACAAUCCACUCACGCAGAUGAGGGUGCAACGCCCGCUAACGUAUCGGCAGUUGUAAGCAUUCCUGCCCCCCAUUCGAUCUUAGUGUGCGCCGCAUACACACUACAUUACACGAAAGAUACCAACAAGAAACCAAAACAGAACAAGACUUCCUCCGCCGUCCAGCUAAAGCACCUCCCAACCGGAAUAGUGGUAAAAUCCCAAGCCACCCGCUCGCGUUCUCAGAACCGCAAGAUCGCGCGCAAAAUAUUGGCCGAGAAGCUGGAGUUUAUGGAGCAUGGGGUGGAGAGCCGGCUCGGUGCGUUGGUGGAGAGGGAUCGGAAAAGGAAGGCCAGCAAGACUAAGAAGGCCAAGAGGAAGUACGUUCCUCUCUCUGCUUUUUUGUGUUUGCUUAGCCUUAAGGCGGUCUCGGGCGAUGAUCGAUUGCGGUAGAGUGGUUAUUGAUGAGCCUGUUAGGUAUGCCAAGUUAGAGGCCGAUAGGCUAGCCAGUGAUAGUGAAGGGGAAGUCGAGAGUGGGGAGGGGAUGGAGCAUGCCGAGAAUGGAGAGGGAGAAUCGACAGACGAGCAAGUUGAUCGCUCUGUUAGGCCCAAACGUGGAACACCGGACCCGGGGUCAGCAUCUACAAUCACGGCCUUAAAUGAUAGCAAGCCACCCUACUCCGCUCGGGGUAUCAACGAUUAG